AUGAAACAAUUUCAAAGACAAACUCAAAUGCAUAUCUACUCAGCAUCUUUAGAUUUAUCGACUAGAAAUGUUGGAAUAUUUCCCAUAAAUUAUGUUUUCCCUGACUUCCGUUCAAUUAAUGAGCACACGACACACUACUUCGCUCAAUGUCUUUUGAUAAAAAAAUAUAAACUCGCUUUGAAAAAAUUGCGCGUCGCAGAUAAAGAUCACAAACGAUCUCGCGGCUAUCUCGUUCAAAACUCAACUGAGAAACCUGCCAAAUUGAAGGAGAAAAAAAAACUUAAAAAAACAUCGAAAGCCGCCAUAAAACGAAGUAUACAAUAA